GGCCUGGCCGUCGCUCUCCGCGCUUUUUGUUGGCGGGCGUGGCCUUGCUCUCACCCCUCGGCGGGGCCGGCCGGUGGUCUCUUCCCCGCACCUCUGGGCGGCUGCUCUCUGGGGUGGAGGCCCGUGGCCAUCAGCAGGUGUGUCUGAGAACCCAGCAGUGAGGACAAACAGGCACUGGUGUCUGCUGGUCAGCUGCUCGUUUGGGUUUUGUGUCUUGACGUCCAUCCCAUGGCUCUGCCCACAUCUGUCGCUGUCUGUCGCUCUGCUGGCCAUGCUGCAUGGCCUCGGGGCCAGCCCUGCAGCAGUCCACACCAGGCACUCCUGUGGGGACUCACCCCCCAGACUGGAUGGGAGGGCUGGGACUUUGGUCAGGGGCCACCCCUUCCUAGACCCUUGGGUGAACCUUCUGACCUGUGGCCCCAGGCGCUCCAGGAGCUGAAGAUGGCGAGCUCCGUGGCACCCUAUGAGCAGCUGGUGCGGCAGGUGGAGGCCUUGAAGGCCGAGAACAGUCAUCUGAGGCAGGAGCUGCGAGACAAUUCCAGCCACCUGUCCAAGCUAGAGACGGAGACGUCCGGCAUGAAGGAGGUCCUGAAGCACUUACAGGGCAAGCUGGAGCAAGAGGCCGGAGUGCUGGUGUCCUUGGGGCAGACGGAUGUGCUGGAGCAGCUGAAAGCCCUGCAGAUGGACAUCACCAGCCUGUACAACCUCAAGUUCCAACCCCCAGCCCUAAGCCCCGAGCCCGCGGCGCGGACCCCUGAAGAAAGUCCCGUCCACGGCUCUGGACCCUCUAAGGACAGUUUUGGGGAGCUGAGCAGGGCUACUGUCCGGCUGCUGGAGGAGCUGGACCGGGAACGGUGCUUCCUGUUGAACGAGAUCGAGAAGGAGGAGAAGGAGAAGCUCUGGUACUACUCGCAGCUGCAGGGCCUGUCCAAGCGCCUGGACGAGCUCCCGCACGUGGAGACGCAGUUCUCGAUGCAGAUGGACCUGAUCCGGCAGCAGCUGGAGUUCGAGGCCCAGCACAUCCGCUCGCUGAUGGAGGAGCGCUUCGGCACCUCCGACGAGAUGGUGCAGCGCGCGCAGAUCCGCGCUUCGCGCCUGGAGCAGAUCGAUCAGGAGCUGCUGUCCGCCCAGGACCGCGUGCCGCAGACCGAGCCCCAGGCCCUGCUGGCGGUGAAGUCAGUGCCGGUAGAGGAGGACCCGGAGACUGAGGUCCCCACGCACCCUGACGAUGGUGUCCCUCAGCCGGGCAACAGCAAGGUGGAGGUGGUCUUCUGGUUGCUGUCCAUGCUGGCGACACGGGACCAGGAGGACACAGCCCGCACCCUGCUGGCGAUGUCCAGCUCGCCGGAGAGCUGCGUGGCGAUGCGUCGCUCGGGGUGUCUGCCGCUGCUGCUGCAGAUUCUGCAUGGCGCCGAGGCUGGCGCUGGGAGCCCCGGGGCGCCGGGAGCCAAGGAUGCACGCAUGCGCGCCAACGCGGCGCUGCACAACAUAGUCUUCUCGCAGCCGGACCAGGGCCUGGCGCGCAAGGAGAUGCGCGUCCUGCAUGUGUUGGAGCAGAUCCGGGCCUACUGCGAGACCUGCUGGGACUGGCUGCAGGGCAGGGACGGCGCCGACGGAGGCGGCAACGGCGGGGCCCCCGUCCCCAUUGAGCCUCAGAUCUGCCAGGCCACCUGUGCCGUGAUGAAGCUGUCCUUUGAUGAGGAGUACCGCCGUGCCAUGAACGAGCUGGGUGGGCUGCAGGCCGUCGCGGACUUGCUGCAGGUUGACUACGAGAUGCACAAGAUGACGCGGGACCCGCUCAACCUUGCCCUUCGCCGCUAUGCCGGCAUGACCCUCACCAACCUUACCUUUGGGGACGUCGCCAACAAGGCAACGCUGUGUGCCCGCCGGGGCUGCAUGGAGGCCAUCGUGGCCCAGCUGGCUUCUGAGAGCGAGGAACUCCACCAGGUACCUGGGCAGUGUGGCUCCAGGAGCGCCCUGUGGGGUGUCCCACCGCCUGAGGCCUUUCUGCUGGCCAGGCUCCCUCUCCCCUGGGUAUGGGGCAUCCCCUCCAGUCUCUGCUCAGCUCCACCUGGCACAGGCGUGGAGGCUCUGGUGGCCUUAGGUCCACAUUGCCCCUUCUCUGCCCCGGCCCAGGUGGUGUCCAGCAUCCUGCGCAACCUGUCCUGGAGGGCUGACAUCAACAGCAAGAAGGUGCUGAGGGAGGUCGGCAGCAUGACUGCCCUGAUGCAGUGUGUUCUUCGAGCCUCCAAGGAGUCCACCCUGAAGAGCGUGCUCAGUGCCCUGUGGAACCUGUCGGCACACAGCACGGAGAACAAGGCGGCCAUCUGCCAGGUGGACGGUGCCCUGGGCUUCCUGGUGAGCACACUGACCCACAAGUGCCAGAGCAACUCCCUGGCCAUCAUCGAGAGCGGCGGCGGCAUCCUGCGCAACGUGUCCAGCCUCAUUGCCACCCGGGAGGACUACAGGCAGGUGCUGCGGGACCACAACUGCCUGCAGACGCUGCUCCAGCACCUGACAUCGCACAGCCUGACCAUCGUGAGCAACGCCUGCGGCACGCUCUGGAACCUGUCCGCCCGCAGCCCGCGUGACCAAGAGCUCCUGUGGGACCUGGGGGCCGUGGGCAUGCUGCGCAACCUGGUGCACUCCAAGCACAAGAUGAUCGCCAUGGGCAGCGCCGCCGCCCUGCGUAACCUGCUGGCCCACCGCCCCGCCAAGUACCAGACCACAGCCACCGCCGUCUCCCCUGGCGCAUGCGCUCCCAGCCUGUACGUGCGGAAGCAGCGGGCGCUGGAGGCCGAGCUGGACACGCGGCAUCUGGCGCAGGCGCUCGACCACCUGGAGAAGCAGGGCCUGCCGGAGGCGGAGGCCGACGCAGCCUCCAAGAAGCCCCUGCCGCCCCUGCGGCACCUGGACGGGCUGGCCCGGGACUACGCCUCCGACUCCGGCUGCUUCGAUGACGACGAGGCGCCCUCCCUGGCCGCUGCAGCCGCCACCGCGGAGCCUGCCAGCCCCGCGGUGCUGUCGCUCUUCCUGGGGAGCCCCUUCCUGCAGGGGCAGGCGCUGGCCCGGGCCCCGCCAGCCCCCCGCAGUGUGCCAGAGGCAGAGAAGGAGGCCGGCAGGGAGGUGGCCGUGGCGGCCAGAGCCAAGGCCAAGCUGGCGCUGGCGGUGGCACGAAUCGACAGGCUAGUGGAGGACAUCUCCGCCCUGCACACCUCGUCGGACGACAGCUUCAGCCUCAGCUCUGGGGACCCUGGGCAGGAAGCGCCACGUGAAGGCCGGGCCCAGUCCUGCUCUCCUUGCCGGCGGCCGGAGGUCAGGCGGCCAGAGGCUGGCAGUCGGGCCCACCCACUGCUGCGGCUCAAGGCUGCCCACGCCAGCCUCUCCAAUGACAGCCUCAACAGCGGCAGCACCGGUGACGGGCGCUGUCCCCGUGAGCACACACGGUCCUGCCCGCUGGCCGUGCUGGCCGAGCACCGCGAGGGGUCCCCGAGCAGCCAGGUGCGGCCCAGCCGGCUUGACCUCCACCUGCCGGGCAGCCAGGAGCCGGCGUCCCGGGACGGCUCUGCCCCUGACGCCUGUGUGCGCACCAUCAGGCUGUCGCCCACCUACCGGCACGUACCACUCUUCGAGGGCAACCCCAGGGCGGGCAUGGGGUCCCUGGCCCCCGGAGCCCGGAAGCAGGCCUGGCUGCCCAUGGAUGGCCUGAGCAAGGUGCCGGAGAAGCUGGUGGCAGAGACCGUGCCACUGUGCCUGUCGCGCUGCAGCUCCCUGUCCUCGCUGUCCUCGGCUGGUCGCCCAGGCCCCAGUGAGGCCGGGGACCUGGACAGUGACUCAUCCCUGGAAGGGCUGGAGGAGGCCGGACCCAGCAAGGCUGACCUGGACGGGGCCUGGCUUGGCCCCGGGGCUGCCUCCCUGCCCGUGGCCAUCCCGGCUCCCCAGCGGGGCCGGGGCCUGGGGGUGGAGGACGCCACCCCGUCCAGCUCCUCGGAGAACUGCGUGCAGGAGACGCCGCUGGUGCUGAGCCGCUGCAGUUCGGUGAGCUCCCUGAGCAGCUUCGAGAGCCCGUCCAUCGCCAGCUCCGUCCCGAGUGACCCGUGCAGCGGGCUGGGCAGCGGCACGGUCAGCCCCAGCGAGCUGCCCGACAGCCCCGGGCAGACCAUGCCACCCAGCCGCAGCAAGACGCCCCCGCUAGCCCCCGCGCCCCCCGGCGAGCGGGAGAGCACCCAGUUCAGCCUGCAGUGGGAGAGCUACGUGAAGCGCUUCCUGGACAUCGCCGACCGCCGCGAGCGCUGCCGGCUUCCGUCCGAGCUGGACGCGGGCAGCGUGCGCUUCACCGUGGAGAAGCCGGACGAGAACUUCUCCUGCGCCUCCAGCCUCAGCGCGCUGGCCCUGCACGAGCACUACGUGCAAAAGGAUGUGGAGCUGCGGCUGCUGCCCCCAGCCUGCCCCGAGCGUGGCGGCGGCGGCGGCGGCCCCGGCAUGCACUUUGCAGGGCACCGCCGGCGGGACGAGGCCGGUGGCUGUCUCGAGGGCCCGGCAGCCGCUGACCAGGAGCUGGAGCUGCUGCGCGAGUGCCUGGGGGCGGCAGUCCCCGCCCGGCUCCGCAAGGUGGCCUCGGCGCUGGUGCCUGGUCGCCGCGCAUUGCCCGUGCCCGUCUACAUGCUGGUGCCGGCCCCUGCCCGGGGGGAGGACUCCUGCGCUGACUCUGCUGACGGCACGCCCGUCACCUUCUCUAGUGCCACCUCGCUCAGUGACGAGACACUGCAGGGACCUCCCAGGGACCCACCCAGCGGGCACUCGGACAGGCAGAAGCCUGCAGGUUGCGAGGCCCCGGCCAGGCAGGCCACGGGACACAGGCACAGGGCGUGGGGUGCGGGCCAGAGCCCAGGGCAGGCCCGGGGCGUGGGCAGGAGCAGGGAGGGGCUGGAGCUUCCCCUCCACCGGCCCUCGAGAGCCUACAAGGACCAGGAUGUCUUUCGCCCCAGCCCGGGCCGCGGGGAUGGGGCGCUGCAGUCUCUGUGCCUCACGACGCCCACCGAGGAAGCCGUGUACUGCUUCUACGACAACGACUCAGACGAGGAGCCCUCCGAGGCGGUGGUGCCCCCGCGGCGGGCAUCUGCCAUCCCCCGGGCGGUAAAGAGAGAGCGCCCGGCUGGCAGGAAGGAGGUGCAGGCCGCACCCAAGGCUACGCCCAAGGCCACGCAAGCUGCCCGUGCCCAGCCCAGCCUCAUUGCCGAUGAGAUGCCGCCGUGCUACUCCCUGAGCUCCUCCGCCAGCUCCCUUAGUGAGCCCGACCCCCCUGAGCACCCAGCAGGCCGGCCCCAGGCUCUCGAGCCAGCUGUCAGCAAGGGGCCAGGCGCUGCAGGGGGUCGUCAUGGCCCCCCAAGCCCACAGGUGGAGACAGGGCUGCUCCGGCGCAGUGUCAACUCCACGGUGCCCAGGCGCCGGUUCCAAGCAUCGGGCCCUCGGCGCCGCAAGCCCCAAGCCGCCCAGCCAGACAAGCAGCCUGCAGAGGGGCCCCGGGAGCGCGGGGACGAGGCGGCCAGCUCUGACCAUGCCUCCGACCUUGACAGCGUUGAGUGGCGCGCUAUCCAGGAGGGCGCCAACUCCAUUGUCACGUGGCUGCACCAGGCGGCGGCCGCGGCCACCCACGAGGCCUCAUCUGGGUCUGACUCCAUCCUGUCCGGGUCGGGGCUGUCGGGGAGCUCCACCCUGCAACCCACACUGCACAGGAAGGGACGGCGGCUGCAGGCAGAGGGCCCGGUGGGCAGCACUGCGAGGCCGGAGAAACGGGACUCGGCCCUGGCCCAGCAUAGCACCAGUGGCCCCGAGAAGCUGCGCGGGGCUCAGAAGACCGCGUGCAGGGUGCCAGCCGUGCUCCGGGGAAGGACCGUGAUCUAUGUGCCCAGCCCGGCCCCCCGGGCCCAACCCAAAAGCCACCCUGGCACCCGUGUGGCACCGAGGAAGAUGGGACCCCCGAGUCCUGCGCAGCCAGGAGCCCCCGCCAAGACCCCCAGCCCCGGGCAGCAGCGGUCUCGAAGCCUACACCGGCCGGGCAAAAGCUCGGAGCUGGCGGCGCUGAGCCGUCCACAGAGGAGUGCCACACCGCCCGCCCGCCUGGCCAAGGCCCCUUCCUCGGGGUCCUCCCCCGCCUCUCCGGCCUCCCAGCCCCCUACAAGGAGGCCGCCCCCAGGCGCCCAGGCAGCAGGGCCUCUCCCCGGCCCCGGGGCAGCUCUGGUGCCCCAAACACCCACGCGGGCCCUGCUGUCUAAGCAGCACAAGACGCAGAAGUCACCUGUGCGGAUCCCCUUCAUGCAGAGGCCAGCCAGGCGGGGGCCGCCAGCCCUGGCCAGGGCAGCUCCGGAGCCGGGUCCCCGGGGUCGGGCGGCAGCGGAGGGAAGCCCUGGCGCCCGAGGGGGCCGCCUGGGCCUCGUGCGUGUGGCCUCUGCCCGCUCCAGCGGCAGCGGGUCGUCCGACCGCUCCGGUUUCCAGCGGCAGCUGACCUUUAUCAAGGAGUCCCCGGGCCUGCACCGCCGCCGCUCAGGACUGUCCACCCCAGAGGCUGCACCCCCCGCCUCCCAGGGCGGCUCACCCCGCCGCAGUCGACCCGCGCUGCCCGCCGUCUUCCUCUGCUCCUCGCGCUGCGACGAGCUGCGGGCAGCCCCCAGGCAGGUUCCAGCCCCCCAGCAAGCCCUGGUGGCCAGGCCCAGGCCCAGCGAGCGGCCCGCCCGGCGCCCGAGCUCCGAGAGCCCGUCCCGCCUGCCUGUCCGCACGCCCGCCGCCCCACCCGAGGCGGUCAAGCGGUACGCCUCCCUGCCGCACAUCAGCGUGGCCCGCAGGCCCGACGGGGCCGCCCCCGGGCCCAGCGCCGACGCUGCCCGCCGCAGCAGCGAUGGAGAGGCCCGGCCACUGCCGAGGGUGGCGGCACCAGGCACCACGUGGCGUCGCAUCCGGGAUGAGGACGUUCCACACAUCCUGCGGAGCACGCUGCCUGCCACUGCCCUGCCACUGAUGGGCGCCCCGUCCGAGGAGGGCCCCAGCGGCCCCCCACAGCGCAAGACCAGCGACGCCGUGGUCCAGACGGAAGACUUUGCCGCCACUAAGACCAACUCCAGCACGUCUCCGAGUCUGGAAAGCAGGGGGCCCCCCCAGGCCUCAGUCAGCGGCCCCAGCACACUCACCAGCAGCGAUGCGGACGGGCUUGGCCCCACCAAAGCGCCCACCUCUGCCCCCUUUGUCCAUGAGGGCCUGGGGGUGGCUGCAGGGGGCUUUCCCGCCAGCCGGCAUGGCUCUCCCAGCCGCUCGGCCCGUGUCCCCCCCUUCAACUAUGUGCCCAGCCCCAUGGUGGCAGCCACCACUGACUUGGCCACAGAGAAAGCCCCCACUGCUGCCCCUGCCAGCCUCCUGGAAUAGUGGCCAGCACCGGCCUUCUAGAACAUCCUCUCCUGGCCAAGGGCUGGUCUGGCUGCCUGGAGGGUGGUCCUAGGGUCCAUCUACCCAUCAGAGCCUUUGGAGCCCCACUGCAGCCUGGAUUGGCCUCACAUCUCACGCACAGACGCUUGCUUCGUGCUGCGGGGGCUCUGGAGGGAACGGGUUGCCGGCGCCAUCUCUCGUCCCAGCCUGGUGCGAGCACAGCGAGGCGGUCUGGCCCCAGGCUGGCCUCCACAUGGGGACCACCCUCCCAGCCUGGGCUGCCCUCAGCAGCAACGCUCCAGGGCCCCCCACUCUGCUGGGCCAAGCCGCAGCAAGACCGUCCCAUGUCAGGAGCCGCAGGGAGGUGACAGAAUCCGCCCGAGGUGGGGGGCAGGGCUGGGGAGGGUGGCCCCAUCAAGCAAGCGCCUGCCAGCUGGGGGCCUCGGCAUCUGUCCCAGCCUCCACUGGGAUGCAGCCUGUAAUUUUGGGAGGCCCAGUAAUUGGUUAAUGAUGGCUCCGCGGGUUUGUUUGCCUUCUCAGCCCCAGCUGGGGAGCGUGGGGGUAGGGAGUGGCUGAGUCCAACUCAAAGCCCCUGCCCCGCCCUAGACAUUGCCGCUGAGGGAGUCGGGAGCACCCCAGGGGUGGUGCAUGGAGCAGCCUGGAAGGACAGGGAGAGGCCGGUGCGCGGAAAGCAGAGGCGGGAGCUGUCUCUGGCUUAGAACCCUGGUUGGGGGGAGGGGGCCCCUGGAGGUGGGCACGGAGCAGCGAGGGUGUAGGGGAGCUGGGACGCUGCCUGGGUCUGCGAGCACACCCUGUGGGAAGAAGCGUGUGGACGGACGUCCCUGCGGCAGCCUCGCUUUUCAAUUCCAUUCUCCUUUACGACACAUGAAGCCCUGGGGUCCUCGGGCUCCGUGCCAGGUGCACCGUCUUCUCCGGACAGCACAGCAGCGGCGGGAGCCGGGUUUGGCCACUGGAGGACGCUGGCCACCGGGUGCUAGAGUGUCGCUGCCCUGGAGGCAGACAGACCGAGGGACAGUGAGCCUGGAGGCCUCACUUCUUCCCCCUCCCCUGCCAGCCCGCCCAGGGACCUUGCGCCUGGGCUUGGUGUCCGCUCCAAGGGCGCCUCCUUGCCCAAAGAGCCAGCGACCUCUUUCCUGCACAUGGAGGCUCCAGGGAGAAGCUGCUCCCGGCUCGCAGAUCUGCUGUGACAGCCGCCUCGCCAGAGCGCCACUGCCGGCCCGGAGCAGAUGCUGUGAGCCUCUGCGAGCAUCAGUCCCUUCUCUGAAGGGGCAGCACACCGCGAGCCCCCGCCCACAGACACCACAGUCCCUCCCCAUCAUCCAGAAGUUUCCCAUGGGUCACCGUCCUCGAAGGGAACCCUCGUGAGCCGUGCUGAUUCCAGACCCCACGGAUGUCCUGCUGCCGUCAUGCUGCAUCACACCCCCCGCCCCGCCAAGCACCCAGUCCUGUGUGACAGGAGCCAGGGCGGCAACCACUGGAGAUGGCGAUGGUGGCUGAGCCAGCUGCAAACAGCCACAGCCCGCCCCUGGGGACACACCGGUGUGUCUGGGACUCUUUUCAGAAAGUGCCAGUCCCUGUCCCCACUGUACCCUGAAGGGCUGGGACUGAGGGUCUUCCAAGUUCCCUUCUGGAUCUGGGGACUGCCAGACAUCACGCUCGCAUCUCCGUAAGACAGGUGCUCCCCACGAUGGCCUGGUGGGAAGACACGGCAGUGGACCCACCGCCAGCUCGUCCGGCCACAAGGGCCCACAGCUUUGAGCGCCUGCGCACUGUGAGACCCAGGGCAGUGCUUCUGCCGCUCUGUGCCUGUUUCCCCACGUGGGCCGUGGGGAGAACUCCCAGAGCUACCUCUUGGGCGAGUGGAGAGCCCACCAUGCCCAGGGGAGACCUGUGCUUCGGGACGCUCCCUCGCUGCCGCCCUCUGCCUGCCUCUCGGCCGGCGCCUGGGCAGCCUGCGCCCGCCCACGCCUGGCAGCCACUUUGCCUCCCCCCACCCACCCCACCCCCGCGCAGGGACACAGCCACACCUCGGCAUCCAGCCUGGGCAGGUAGCGGGCGCCCUGGUACAUGCUUCCUGGAGGUGGCCGCAGGUGGCAGUCACCGACCAUCGACCUGAGUCAGGAGCUGAAGGCCUAAGGUCUCAGGACCCAAAGGACCAACACAGCCACCGGCCAGGGAGACCGUGAAGGACCCCUGUGCCUCUUCAGCACUCCGGGGGCGAGCCCGAGGAGAAUACCUGGGACCCCCAGCCUGUGACCUUAGGCCCCAGGGCCAGAUGGACACCACUGCUAGCUGGGUGCUGAAUUCGGGGACACCCGCUGGCGCGGCAUUACCUCACCCUUGCUGCCCCCUCUCAUCACCCGGCUGGCGGCCGCACACUCCAGCCCAAGCCUGGCUGUCUGGGUCUGCCCCUUGCCUCUCUGCCCGGUCUGCGCAGCGUACAGGACCC